AUGCCACCCAAGGCAGGAAAGAGGAAGAAGGAGGUUGACCUUCAUGACGAGGGUUCCCGUGGAUCUCCAGAUGACCGACCGAGGAAGAAGACUCGGACGUCGACAACCCAAGCCAACCAGCAUUUCUCCGGCUGGGUUGCUUGGCAAAACAAAUUCAACGAGAAGGAGAAAACGGAGAAGCGCCAAUUCGCCGACGACUUCCAGCAGAAGCUUGAAUCAAAGCAGACGGAGAUCCAGAACCUCAUCCACACAAGCAACCGCGACUUGAACGCCGCAAGAGACAAGUAUAGCAAGCUGGCCUGGGAGGCCAACCAGGACAACGAUGUCAGCUCCAAGGGCAAGCCCCAGGCCCAGGGUCGCUCCUCUCGUGAAGAGAACCCACUUUACAAGGCUGGCCAACACAUUUUCCAAAACUGCCGCGAGCUUGUCGCGGCUCAUGAACAGGCCAAUUCGCACGCACCACAGAACAAUACCAGGCUUAGCCUACUGCGAGAACAGUGGAAGGAGGACAUCACCAGCGUGCGAGAACUGCUCCUUUACGGACGUCAGCAUGGAGAAAACCUCGUAGACUGCCUCAUCGUUCCGUCGAGCGCCAAAGAGGAGAAGAGUCGCUUAUUGACACCUGACACGAAGGGGUUGAGCGAGACGGGCACCAUGGCGGUCAGCAUGUUCCGCAAGAGCACAGGUGCAAUCAAUGAGAGUGGAACCACUUGGGGCGAGCUGGCAAAGAGCCAGGUUGGUGCCUUUGGAAAGGUCCUGGAUGGUCUAGCUGGCUCUUGA